CUCUCCUUGGCUCCCCAGCCGAAUCACUCAAGACCUUUGGCGUUCGCCUGGAAGAGGUGCUGGUGAAUGAGUUUACCCGCCGCAAGCAGCUUGAACUGACAGCCGAGAUGCAGAUUGAGGAAGCCACCAGUCAGGCUGCGGGCCGUCGUCGGGGAAACGUGGUGCGAAGGAUGUUUGGCCGCAUCAGGCGCUUUUUCAGUCGCAGGCGGAAUGAGCCCUCCUUGCCCCGGGAGUUCACUCGCCGUGGGCGUCGAGGUGCAGUGUCUGUGGAUAGCCUGGCUGAGCUGGAAGACGGGGCCCUGCUGCUGCAGACCCUGCAACUGACCAAAGUAUCCUUUCCAAUUGGCCAGCGACUUCUGGGAUCCAAAAGGCAGAUGAGCCUCAAUCCGAUUGCUAAACAAAUCCCCCAGGUUGUUGAGGCUUGCUGCAAAUUCAUUGAAACACAUGGCUUAAGCACAGUGGGGAUUUUCACCCUUGAAUACUCUAUACAGAGAGUGCGUAAGCUCCGUGAAGAAUUUGAUAAAGGUCUGGAUGUAGUGCUGGAUGACAAUCAGAAUGUGCAUGAUGUGGCUGCACUCCUCAAGGAGUUUUUCCGUGACAUGAAGGACUCUUUGCUGCCAGAUGAUCUGUACAUGUCCUUCCUCCUGACAGCAACUCUGAAGCCCCAGGAUCAGCUUUCUGCCCUGCAAUUGCUGGUCUACCUACUGCCACCCUGCCACAGUGACACCCUAGAGCGUCUGCUGAAGGCCCUGCAUAAAAUCACUGAGAACUGCGAGGACUCCAUUGGCAUUGAUGGGCAGUUGGUUCCAGGCAACCGUAUGACUUCCACCAAUUUGGCAUUGGUGUUUGGGUCUGCUCUCCUGAAGAAGGGAAAGUUUGGCAAAAGAGAGUCCAGGAAAACCAAGCUGGGGAUUGACCACUAUGUUGCUUCUGUCAAUGUGGUUCGUGCCAUGAUUGAUAACUGGGAUGUUCUCUUCCAGGUGCCUCCCCAUAUUCAGAGGCAGGUUGCUAAGCGUGUGUGGAAAUCCAGUCCCGAAGCCCUUGAUUUUAUCAGACGCAGGAAUCUGAGGAAGAUCCAGAGUGCACGCAUAAAGAUGGAAGAGGAUGCUUUACUUUCUGAUCCAGUGGAAACCUCUGCUGAAGCCCGGGCUGCUGUCCUUGCUCAGAGCAAGCCCUUUGAUGAAGGUUCCUCUGAGGAGCCAGCUGUGCCUCCCGGCACUGCCCGUUCCCAUGACGAUGAGGAAGGAGCGGGUAACCCCCCAAUUCCGGAGCAAGACCGCCCAUUGCUCCGUGUGCCCCGGGAGAAGGAGGCCAAAACUGGCAUCGGCUACUUCUUUCCUUAGAUGUUUUUCCUUCUUUAAGGUGCCGGACAGGGGAAAAGGGUGGGGGUAGACCUGAGAUGUCACAGGAAACAUUAAGGAGAGUUUUGAAGGUAAAGAUCUGAGGGUGAGGAGGAGUUCCACCUGAUGCUCGGGUCAGGAUGGGAAUCCCAAACACACUGCCAGCCCCUUCACUGGGGAUGCUUGGUGUCUUCAGCUGGUAAAGCAGAGAUGUUUCUGUGUCAGCCCAGGCUCCCUGGUGCUACCUUGCCUUUCUCUUUUACCCCUGAUCCUGGCUUUCUCUCACUACAGCCCUUCCUUUAAUCGAUGUGACAUUUGUGGUAAACACCUGCCCCAGAGAAGCUCACAAAUCUCGAGGUGCUUUCCCUCCCCCAAAGGGAAUUGCAUGUUUUUCCUGACUUUCCUACCCUCCUCCCAAGAGCUCAAUUGGAAAGGCCCUCAAGAGGCAUGCUAGAAUGUUAGGUCAGCCUACUGACAGCUGACAAACAAUUAACGCUAAAUCAUGUCACACCAACUCAUAGCCAUGUCCCCGCAGCAGCAAUCCCACCACCUCUGGAUCCCCUGCCCCACCCCCACCCCACCACCAAAUUAUUUAGACCAAUGGCUCGUCAAACAGCCGCUCCCAAAAUUCUGUGCAGUUUUGCUCAGGUCACGCCAACAGGGAAACCUCAGUUUAACUAGUUUUUCUGGGGCCAAAAGUUAGAAAAAAAUUAGAUUUUAUUACCUGGAUCUGUUUUAAAGACAGCUGGCAUUCACACGUUGUUGUCAGCAAAACAGCUAGUUAGGUAUGGAAACAUAGUUCCAAGUAGUUUAAGUCACCUAAUUACAAAUGCUCUUAUCUAUCAUCUCUGUAGUUCCUCUAUGCAGGACUUACAAAUUUGCGGGACAUGCUCUGAUGACAAACACACAGAUAUGGGUUAUGUAUGACAUCCAAAAUUAUAGCUGAUAUUGAUGGGUAACAACUGCUAAGGUCCAUAGAAUGGAGAAUGUAUUGUAUUGAGGGAUAGAAAUUGAUCAUAAAAUGGGUAACAACCGCAGAGCUCGAAGAUUUGUGAUUGUUAAAACUUCUCUGGCGUUUAAUCAUUAAUAAACAUCUGUGUUGUGACAGCAGCA